AUGGAUAGUAUCACUCACUUCAUCAUCGACGAUCAAGUCGACGAAGGAGGAUCGUGCCGGGAAGAUCGGGACCAGACGACGAUGGAAAGAGGGAGUCCGGAAACACGGAAAAUGAUCUACGAUGAAAACGACGACGUAGGAUCAGGCCCAAAGGAUCGAGACGAGAGGACGAUGGAAAGAGAAUAG